GUGGAGCAUGCGCCCCGAUUGGUUCUGCGGAAGGCGGUGACGUGGCCGAAGGAGGCCUGUUUGUGCCCACACCGAGGAUCAGGCACACCGCCACAGGAUUGGUGGUGGGGCGUGGCUGGCUUGGGUCUCCUGGCCGGAAGCGGAAGUGGCGGAGAGAUGCAGGUGGCGGAACAUCAGCACGUGCCCAUCGACAUCCAGACCAGCAAGCUGCUCGACUGGCUGGUGGACAGAAGGCACUGCAACCUGAAAUGGCAAGGUCUGGUGCUGACAAUCCGAGAGAAGAUCAAUGCUGCCAUCCAGGACAUGCCAGAGAACGAAGAGAUCGCCCAGCUACUCUCAGGAUCCUACAUUCACUACUUCCACUGCCUGAGAAUUGUGGACCUUCUUAAGGGCACUGAGGCUUCCACGAAAAAUAUUUUUGGCCGGUAUUCUUCACAACGAAUGAAGGAUUGGCAGGAGAUUGUAGCCCUGUAUGAGAAGGACAACACUUACUUAGUGGAACUCUCUAGCCUCCUGGUUCGGAAUGUCAACUAUGAGAUCCCCUCACUGAAGAAGCAGAUUGCCAAGUGCCAGCAGCUACAGCAGGAGUACAACCGCAAGGAGGAGGAGGGCCAGGCGGGGGCCGCCGAGAUGCGGGAGCAGUUCUACCACUCCUGUAAGCAGUACGGCAUCACGGGAGACAAUGUCCGAAGAGAACUGCUGGCCCUGGUGAAGGACCUGCCGAGUCAGCUGGCUGACAUUGGAGCAGCGGCUCAGUCUCUGGGGGAAGCCAUCGACUUGUACCAGGCCUGCGUGGGCUUUGUGUGUGAAUGCCCCACAGGGCAGGUAUUGCCAAUGCUGAGAUACGUGCAGAAGCGAGGAAACUCAACAGUGUAUGAAUGGAGAACGGGGACAGAGCCCUCUGUGGUGGAGCGGCCACACCUUGAGGCACCUCCUGAGCAGGUGGAAGAAGACGCGAUUGACUGGGGCAACUUUGGGGCAGAGGCGACUUCUGAAGGGAUUGACUAUGGCAUCUCUGCCGAGGCUGCAGGAAUUGACUGGGGCAUCUCACUGGACUCGGACUCAAAGGAAGCUGGGAGUGACGAGCUAGACUGGGGAGAUGAUGCUGCUGUUUUGCAGAUCACAGUGCUGGAAGCCGGAACCGAGGCUCCAGAAGGUGUGGCUAGGGGCCCGGACGCUCUGACUCUCCUUGAGUACCCUGAGACCCGGAAUCAGUUCAUUGAUGAGCUCAUGGAGCUUGAGAUCUUCUUGUCCCAGAGAGCAGUGGAGAUGAGUGAGGAGGCAGACAUCCUGUCAGUGAGCCAGUUCCAACUGGCUCCAGCCACCCUGCAGGGCCAGACCAAGGGGAAGAUGGUCACCAUGGUGUCCGUGUUGCAGGAUCUGAUUGGCCGGCUCACCAAUCUUCGAAUGCAGCACCUGUUUAUGAUACUAGCCUCACCAAGGUAUGUGGACCGGGUGACUGAAUUCCUCCAGCAGAAGCUGAAGCAAUCCCAGCUGCUGGCCUUGAAGAAAGAGCUGAUGGUACAGAAGCAGCAGGAAGCGCUUCAGGAGCAGGCAGCCCUGGAGCCCAAGCUGGACCUGCUGCUGGAGAAGACCAGGGAGCUGCAGAAGCUGAUCGAAGCUGACAUCUCCAAGAGGUACAACGGGCGUCCCGUGAACCUGAUGGGAACCUCUCUGUGACACCCCUCCACGGUCUUGCCCACCCAUCUUUUCAGCCUUCAGGAUGGAGGGACCCUCCACCAAAAGCUGAUGUUACAGGCCCCUUCCCAGCAAGAGACCAGGCAGACUGGAAGGCAGAAAGCCAUGUGAGAGAACUGUCACCCAGGUGGAAGAAGUAGAGGCUGUCACCUCGGCACUCACUAUAGGAAGCUGUCUUGAUUGGCCCUGUGGCCCAGUCAGUCUGAAACCACAGCUUCUGCUCGGUGUGGUUAGUCUAGUUGGGUUUAAUAAAAGAGAAAAGACUCUA